AUCAUCUUUCCACUUUGCUCUGCUGAAGCAGACAAUCUUGCCUACUGAGUUGCCAUUCGCAAUAUGUUUGUGGAGAGAAGAGAAAGUUGUGUUUGUUGACAUAUAAAAUAGUUAAGGUUUUAAGAAAUAUAACGCAAAUAUGGAUUUUGGAAAACUUUUAUAUACUGCCCACAAAAAUGAAAAAUCAGCUAACAAAGAUAUCAAGUGUUACAAAACCAAAUUUGAACCACCGAAGAAAGAGGUCAAAACUAAAACAGAUUUAUCGGCUAAUAUAAAAAAAUUCAUGCAAAAGCGUGAGGAAGAGGAUAGAAAAAAAGCUGAAGAAGAGAAAAAAAAGAAAGAGGAGCUGUUGGCUCUGAGAAGCCAAGACAAGAAAGCGUACAAGAGAGUACAGACUAUGUUGAAGCGCACCAAAUCGGCCAACAAGAGUGUCAUGGAAGAUGCCAUAGACGACGUCAACACUGUAGUUACCAUGGCAGGACCACAGCAAUGCGAUGAGGACGACUACGGAUACGUGUCCCAGGAGGCUUCAGCGUUUUAUGCCAAGCUGAUGGACAAAUACUCAAGCAUGCCACCAGAAGAACCCAAGUUCUCUCAGUCCAAGAAACCUGUCGUCAAAGACUUGAAUGCCGCCAAGGACCGUGUCAGAGCAGCAUUGCAAAGAGAGGAAGAAGAAGAAAUGAUGCCUCACAAAAGGAAAAGAAAGUCAAAAUCUGAUAAGGCAGGUGAAGAAAAUGGUGAAUCAGAGAGAGGGGAUGAAAGAUCAAGAUCGAGGGAACAUUCUCCGGUGGAGGAACCGAAGCCAAAAAAGCCAAAGAAGAUGGCGCCUCCACCCAUGGACUUCAAUUCCUUAUUGAAGCUCGCAGAACAAAAGCAGUUUGAACCCAUACAGAUUGAGAAAAAGGUCAAAGAGGAUGAAGAAGAGAGGCCCAUGACAAAGAAACAAAAGUUGGAAUAUGAACGGGAACGUGAAAGUAGAGAAAGAAGAAUGCAACAUGAAAGCAUGAAGAAUGGGCAAAGAAGGCCAGAAUCUCUAAAUAGAAUUCCAAAACUAUCUGAUGGAGGUGAAAGGAAGGAUAAAAUCAACGGAUUUGGACGUAUUCCUAAGAAAUCCAACCCUGAAGGCAAGCCUAGGGUCGAUGAACCUGAUGGCAAUAUUCUAAGGAACGUUCUUAAGAGAAAAAAUUCUAUUGAUUCUGACAGUAAUAGCAGAAACAAUUCUGAUAGUGAUCGCUCAAAGCAAACAAAUCAUCGAACAGAUCGACCAAAAAGCCACCAGGAUUCUAAUCGUUCUACAAGUAACUCUGAUGUCAACCGUAGAACAGAAUCUUCACACAAGAACUAUGAGAGAAAAAGUACGAAUCCUUCACAAGCCUCCAUAACAGCAAAUAAAGCCAAGUCAAGAAAUCAUAACAUGUCCGAUGAGGAACAUUCUGAGGCCUCAGACUCGGGUUAUGAGAGAUCCGGUUCUCUCGGAAAUGACCAAAACCGAAAUUACAAACCUGACAGAUCCAACUCUUCCAACACAAACCAUAGAUCCAACCACAAUUCUAGCAGAGACUUCUCAGAAAGAAAUGGUUACAGUGACAGACCUAGAAAGCAAUCAGAUAAUGAGCACUCAGAUUCUCAGUCAGGCAGUGAUAGUAGAAAGUACACGUCUGAGAAAAAUCGUCCAAAUACCUCCAGUUACAAACAGAAGCCAGAAGUUAAGUACAAGCCUGACACAGAAAGAUCAAUGUCUCAGGUAAAACCAUCCAAAACAUCUAGUGGAAGGCCUACGGAGACAAGCCGUGAUAGACCUCGUUCCCCUAAUGACAGGUACAAACAGUCGUAUUCUGACUCAGAACCUGAUGAUGACAAAUACAGACCAUCCAAGGUCCAACCCUCCUCUUAUGAGAAGAAGUCGACCUUAAAUAGCAGACCAAUUGAGCGUAGUCGAGAUCGGUCCCGUUCACCCGAAACACCCAAAUACGAGGUCAAACGCAAACAUCCUGAAGCAGAUAAUGGUGAAAAAUAUGUACCUUCUAAAAAAGUCAAGAUGCCGUCAAGCAAAGAAAAGAAAUUGAUGAGUUUAUUCGAAGGAUCAGAUGAAGAAUUUUCAUCAAGUCAUGACAAUUCUAGGUCACACAAGGAUAUUGAAAACAGAAACCCUAAACCUUCCUUUAAUGGUGAUCGGCAAAAACCUGUUCAACUAGACUCCAAAUUCAAGAUCCCCAAAGCAAACUCUAAUGCCGACAGACAGAAAGUUGUUCAAAAACCAGAAAAAUACAAAUCUUCGGAAUAUGAAAAAACUAAUCUGAAAUCGUUAGAAAAUGUCAGAUCUUCCUCAAGCUCCAGUUCAAAACCACCUGUUACUAAAGAAGUAAGUAAACAACCGACGAAUUUAAGACCAGAAAAGUCAUCUAAUUCUAAACCAGAUUUGGACAAAAAUCGAAUUUCUGUUGACAAAAGUAAAGAAAAGCCAAGAUCUUCUAAUAAUGAAUCGCCGAAACCACUCAGCUCCUCAGACAACACGAAAAAAGUACCAUCCCAGCAAAGUGCUGAAGAAAUGUUGAAGAAAAAUGCAAAUGUUUGGUCAAAACCCUGUAAUCUCUCACCGUCUGCAAAGCCAUCAGGCUCAGGUUUGAGUGCCAGUCAGAUUGAGAGGUUGAGGCAGAUGAAUAAAAAACCAACACCGGCGAAGACGAGCACUCAGAGCCCGAGGGAUGAAAGAACAUCAGAUGGGAGACCCUUGCUUCCGAGAUCACUGGGACCUCAGGGAAAACCGAGCUUGCUGAAAGCAGCUGCUGCUGCUGCCGCCUCCAGAGCUGCCUCUCAGAGAGCGCAAACAAACUCAGAUACUAGAUCGGAAAAACAACCUUCUACAACAAAACAAUUGAAUCGACAAGAAUCUUCUGCUGGUGCCUCGAACAAACCUCGAGAUCUCAAGGACUCUAGACCCAAGCAAUUUCCUCCAAGCGAUCUCAGACCGAAGCAGUUCCCUCCUAAUGAUCUCAAACCGAAGCAGUUUCCCCCCAGUGACCUCAGACCGAAGCAAUUUCCACCAAGUGACCUCAAACCAAGGCCUUUUCCACCAAAGGAUGUCCGAGGUCGUCAGUUUCCACCUGCCGAUGUUAAGAGGAAACCUAAACCUCGUCGUAUUGAGUCCGAGUCAGAAGAGGAGUAUGAUUCUGAGAUGGAUGACUUCAUCGAUGAUGGGUCGGACAUGAAUAUGGAACAAAUCUCAAAGGAAAUUCAAUCAAUAUUUGGCUACGAUAAGUCCAGGUUUAUGGGGAUGGAAGAGGACGACGAGUGCAUGGAGUCAAACUUUGGUCAAAUUGAUCAAGAGGAACUGCGCAGUCUUAAAAUAGGUUUGACAGAAGACUGGGAAGACAUGAAGAAGGAGAUGGAGGAGAAGAGAGCGAAGGCGAGAAGGAGAAUGGAACUGAUGAAGAAGAAAAGGUGAUUCCAGUUCCACGAGUCUAGAGCCGUAAUUUAAUUUUUAUUUAAGUGCUGUAUUUGUGUAUAUUAUCUCAAAAACCGUACAAUAGAUCAUUCGGUUUCCUUAAAUUAGCUCAAAUAUACCUCAGACAAUAUUUGAGGUAACUAUAUUAUGUACUACAGAAUGAUGCUUGUCUUUAUUAUGUUUUGUACAAGAAGAUAUGCUAAAGUUCACUGGAUUUAUCUUCACAGUCUUAUAAUUACAAAAACAAAAACAUUAUGUUUUGAAGUAUUUUUCUCUGCUCCAGAACAUAAACAAGACGAGUGCUCCGUCAUUUACCAUUAGAUGUACUAAAUGAAUCUUUAAGUUUUGCUAUCAAAAUUUAAAUAGUGUUUUAAUGCUAUUUAUUGAUCUAGGUAUAAUGUAUUAUUUUAUACACGAUUUUAUACGUUAUUGUAUUACGUAACUUUACAUGUGUUUUGUUUAAUUCUUUUAGAGUGCUGUGAUAGGCAUAUUUUGUUGAUAACGAUUAUCAAAAACAAUGUUGUAAGUUUACAGGGCUUAUUAUUCAUUUAUUCACCCUCGUAAGAAUGUUGUGUAUGAAUUGUCUGGUUUUUUUCUGUUUCAAUACUUGCCAGUAAAUAAUGCACAGGGAAAACGAGGACUCAAAUUUAAAUUAUUAUUACGUUUUACGAAAUAUAUUUUUAAGAACCGUUUUUGAAUCUGUGAUUUAUGUUGCUGGAAGACAUAAUAUUUUAUUUUAUUUCUUUUAAUAAAUUUGAGUGGGUUUUUGUGAUACUAGACUUGUUAAACAAGUUUGGACUUGUAACGUUAUUUGGCUUUCGUACAUUGCCAAAGGUUUUCGGAAGACAACCUUUCUCGUACGGCAUAAAAGCCCAGUUCAUACUUACAAUUUUAUAAAAAGUGAAAUUACUUUUACACUGAGAGUAUAUAUAAAUAGUAGAUAUAUAAAAUAUGUAGUGUUUUGUAUUCCAGCUAAGUUUCUGUUGUAUGUAUAUGGCAGAUAGCAUAAUAAAAUUGUCUCUCUUUUUAAAAUAAUGAAAAUAAAUUCAAAAGCUUUAUAGGGUGGUAAUUACACUCUUUAAAAUAUGUUGUUUAUUUUACCCGUGUUUCCAAAAAAGCGUUGGGGCCAAUUCAAAUUUCAGAUGUCAACACACUUAUCGACCCAUAAAUUAAAGAAAAAAUUUAAUCUGGCACAAUGUAUAAAAUCCAUUUAUCUUGUCCCUAUACAAAAUGGCAGUUAAUUUAGCUGCAAAUUUUUGUCAGUCAAACUUUUUUCUUUGGCUGUACUGUUAGAUUGACCUUUUUUAAUCUUUGGAAUAUUUUUAUUAGAUGAUUAGAAGUUUGUUUUGAAGUUCUUUUUGCUAAGCUCUUUGUUCCUAAAUGGGGAGGGCUUUGAAAUGAAUACAAAUUUGUAGUUCUUUAUUUUUACUCAUCUGAAAUAGUACUUACAGCAAAAUCCAAAUCUGAUUCAUACAGGAAGUUUUAACUUGUACUCAUAAAAAAUGGCAGAUCGUUGAAAAAUGUACCUUUAUUAUUUAGGGUUUAAAAAUAAAAAUAAGGAAUAGAGGGAAAUGAGAAACUUAAAUAUUUUAAUGCGGAAUUUAGUGGUGUAAUGAUUAUUUCCAGAAUUAGUCAAAUGUCACUAUUCAUAAAGGGAAAAGGGAUAUUUAUUAUUGAAACCGAAAUGUGGAAAUCAAAUUUUUAAACUGUCACCGUUUGUAUAGGGAUAAGUAAACGUUUUUUUUCAUAAACCACAUUAUAAUUCCUUUUUUUUUUUUGUUCGUACAUUUGAUGGGUUACAUGAUGGUGGCUGGCGUUUGGAAGUUUUGAAUUGCUCCUUCUUCACAUUUUUAGAAAAAAGGGCUAACAAACGAAUGCUCAAAAAAAUUACAAAUCUUUGAAGUAUUAGAAGAUUUCCCUGUCACUUUUAUUGUACUUUCAUUAUUUUAAAAAUAUAAAAGAAGCUGGGUUUUACUUCAUAAAAAUAUCACCAAAACGAGACAAAGUGUAAUUCAGUUUGAAUUACAUUUAUACAAUUAUUAUGGUAUUUCAAAAUAAAAAUUUGCGGGCCAGUAGUAAUAUAAUCACCUAAUUGAUAAUAUACAAAUUACAUAAUUUGUACUUAAUGACAAUUUUUUCCACCUUGUAACGUGUGUGUGUGUUUUUCAUUACUCUUUUCUCGUUAUAUCUGUGUUAUAAAACUAAUGUUGUGGUUAUUUUGGGUUGUGAUUGUUUAUUUUGUAAUCAUAGUAUUGUUUUUCCCUGUUUGAAUGUUUACUAAUUUGUACAUAUACAAAAUUAGCAGUUUUAGUCAUUGUUAUCCAUAAUUUUAUUUUUAAGUGUGCAUGUAAAAUGUCUACGUGACUAAGGUUGUCUUUAGUGUGUAGUAUUUCUAUUGUCUGACAAUACAGGUCAGUUCAAUAAGGUAAAACGUAAUUAUUGUGUUAGGCUAAAUACAAGUUGUGAAAAUGUAUUAAAAAUAUUUAGAAGUUGAAACUUAUUUAUUUAUAAGUUUAAAAUUCAUGUAGAACAAUAUAUGUCACAAUUUUUUAAUAAUUAUAUUAAAAACAUCUUAAACCCCACAGCUUGGAGUUUACAUUUAUUUUUUACAAGGUAAAAAUUAAGUUGAAAUUAAAUUAACCUUGCAGUUACAGAAAAAAACGUAAUCUACUUACUGGAUAGCUCUCGUAUUAUGUUUUUUUAUUAUUUUGAAUGAUUCAAGAAAUACCUUUAAUAUGACAAGCGAAAAUAUAAAUUCUUUGUGUACUUUAACCUCUUUCAGUUGGUGUCUAUAUUAUUUGACCAUAUCAAGUAAUAAUAAAAAACAAAAGUGUGUUUAAGCUGGUGUAAUCGAUUAUGGGCUUGAAAAAUAUUUUUAAUGUUAAAUUCAUAGCUUUUAAGAUAACUUUCGUCCUUUUAACUAUUUAUGAGAAUUGUUUUUUUAAUUGAAUAUAAUUGACAUUUAGACUAAAUUAAAUUUCAUAAUAAAUAAAAAAUGUCACUACUUGAAGCUAUAUUCAUCUUAAACAUUUACAUUUUUAACUUUAGACAUUUUUAUUUGAUUAUAAAAUUGCCUAAAUUUCAUAUUUUAAAUGCCUGUGAUUUCACAAGGUGUAAUAAAAAAGUUUUACUUUUUUGUACUCAAAGAAGUUACCAUAGAGGGCUAUGAAUUGUAUAGUAUAAAACAAUAUAUUUUCCAAACCCAAAUCUCGUCUGACAAUAAAACAAUAUUUUUUAAAAGGUCUUGUCUCAAAAAUAAAAAUAAUUUUUGGAAAGUGUUUAUUACUGACUACAACUAGUUUUAAAUUAUUUCCAAUUGCUCCAAGUCUUCAAUUACGAAAUGCCCUUCAUUUUUUUUAACUGAAUUCAAAAAAUUCAUUGUUAAAAGAAUUUUGUGCACAAAAAUGUUUUUUGUUUCCAUGUUACAGAGGGAAAACCGUGUUUCCGCGUACCUUUCCCAAGCAAUUGUUUGUGUUUGUUGUAAGACUGAUUCUAUGUUUCUGAUUACAAUUUUGCGUAGGUGGAUGUUCACAGAUUUUCCAGUUAUAUUUUGGAUAUUUUGAAGCGCACUGCUGCUAGAUAUGAAAUAAUGUUAGUAAAGACAAUUAGCAUCUUGCCACAUUAUGAAUGUUUUACUUAAACUCGCAAUUAUUGCAUUUCCAGUAAUACUGCCUGUAAUUUAAUUGUCUCGGAUGAGUUUGUUUGGUACCUUAGCACAAAAUCGUCAGCUGUCGUGCGAUGAUAGGGAGUUGUCGAUGAUAAUUGUGCUUCAUGCGACUUUCUAAAUAUUCCAGAUAAGUGUAAUAUUAGCUUGGUGAGUAAUAUUACAAGAGCUUUCUUUAUCUUAUCUUCAUAGUGGAAAUAUUAGUGACAUUUAUACGGUAGAUUUUGUAUGCCACAUGUAAAUAACCAAUGAGUUAUAUACUAUAAUAUAUACACAACCUUUCUGUUUUGUAAUUGUAUUGUUUUUGUAUAUAAUGAAGAGUAAUAUAAGUACGUUGUAGCAUGAAUAUACAAAAAUUAUUAUUUUGUCAAUAAAUGAAAUAUACUUUACAUAUGUUAAAA